AUGAACUUUAAAGAGGCAAGUGAAGUAAAGUUUGACGAUAUCUGGGAAGUGAUAUUCAAAUUAUUUCAAAGCAAUACAGAAGGAAUUAACCCUGAUUCUUUCGAAAUAACAAUUACAACUGUUCGCUUACCUUCAGGAAAAGGAAGGGUAAAAAAAUAUCUUACUUUUGAAGAAGAAUGUCUAAAACGAAAAGGCAUUGUUACCAUAAAAAAUAAAGACAGUCUUUGCCUACCACAUACUAAUUUAAAUAUCAAAGAAAGUGGCUCUGGUAUACCUGAAUUGAAGAAAAUUCAAGAUUACUUUGGUGAUAAAUACAACAUAGUGGUUUAUGACUAUAGCAACAACAAAAAUAUAAUAUUUGAAGGAAAAACUGAGGGCAAACGAAUAAAUCUUCUUUAUUAUAAUAGGCAUUACAACGUCAUUACCUCUCUUACCUCAGCUUUUUGUAGAACUUAUUAUUGUGAAAAAUGUAAUAUCGGAUAUAACACUAUAGAUAGACAUAUGUGUGGAGGACGCUGUAAAUGUUGUCAGCAAUCACCUGCUUGCAAAAACGUUAUUGAAAAUAUAUCCUGUUUAACAUGUAAACGGACAUUUAAAGGUUUAAGAUGUUUUGAAAAUCAUGUAACUAAAAAUAUUUGUAUAAAUUUGCGUAAAUGCUUAACAUGCUUUAAGAAUUAUUCUACUAAAUAUGGAACACAUAAAUGCAACACAAAAGUAUGCAAGAAUUGCCUAAAACAAGUAGAACAAAAUCAUGUUUGCUACAUUACAGUUAACAAACAAAAACCUAACAUAGAUAAUUUUGUUAAUUUAAAGAAAGGAUAUUUUCCUCACUUAUUCAAUACAGAAAAAAACAAAGAAUACGUUGGACCAUUACCACCACAUGAAUACUACAAUCCAAACUUAAUGUCAAAACCAGAACGAUUAAUUUUCUUUAAAUGGUACGAUGAAAAUAAAAAUACCGAAUUUAACAUGCGAAAGGAGAUUGUAGAAUACUGUAAAAACGACGUAAUUAUUUUAACGAAAGCUUGUUUAAAGUUUAGAAAUAUUAUACUAAAAGAUAACAAUGUAUGUCCGUUUACUGAGGCUGCAACCAUUGCAUCAACUUGCAAUUUGAUUUUUCGACGGAACUUUCUUAAAGCUGAAACAAUAGGACUAAUACCAAAAAAUGGAUAUAGAUUUACAGAUAUCCAAUCAAAAAUAGCUUUACAAUGGUUAAUUUGGGAAGAAGACCAGCGAAAAAUUAAUAUCCAACAUGCCGGUAAACAAAAAGAAGCUAUCAUAAAUAAUUUAAAAGUAGAUGGAUUUUGUGAAGAGACCAAUCAAGUUUUUGAAUUUCAUGGAUGCUACUAUCAUGGACAUCCAAAGUGUUUUUCUUACAGGCAUGACGAACCAUUAGAAAAAAACGCAACAGACAUGCUAAAUUCAAGAUAUGAAGCUACAAUUUCAAAGUCAGCCCGACUGCGUUUAUUUGUUUAUGAAGUCAUUGAAAAAUGGGAGUGCGAAUUUAGAGAACAAUUGAUUGAUAACCCAGAUAUGUUUUAUUUAAACGAUCAUCCUAUUUUAAUAAAUCUUCCACUUGAUCCUCGGGACUCUUUCUUUGGUGGACGAACUGAAAAUAUAGUUACUUACUACAAAGCUAUGGAGAAUGAAAAAAUUAAAUAUAUUGACGUUUGUUCUCUUUAUCCUUAUGUUUGUAAAUAUGGUAAAUUUCCCAUCGGACACCCAGAGAUUAUUGUUGGAAACGAUGAAUGCAUGAAACAAAAUUUGAAAACUACAGACGGAUUAAUAAAGUGCUCCAUUCUUCCUCCAACAGACUUAUUUAUCCCAGUACUUCCAAUAAAACAAAACAAUAAACUAAUCUUUACUCUUUGCUUUACAUGUAGUGAAGAAAAAAAUAUGGACGAUUGUACACAUGCUGACAACAAAAGGACAUUGAAUGGUACUUGGGUUAUAGAUGAAGUGGUGAAAGCUUUAACAAAGGGAUACAAAAUAAUAGAAAUUCACGAGAUUUGGAAAUAUUCAGUCCAGCAAUAUGAUAAAACUUCAUCUAAACCUGGGUUAUUUACUGAUAUAAUGGAUAAAUUUUUAAAAAUAAAACAAGAAUCAUCAGACUGGCCUAAAACGUGUGUUAAUAAAGAAUUGAAACAGCAAUACAUAGAAGACUUCUUCGAAAGGGAAAACAUAAAAUUAGACGAAAAUAAAAUAUGUGCAAAUCCUGGAAAAAGAUCAGUUGCAAAACUUAUAUUAAAUUCAUUUUGGGGUAAAUUUGGACAAAAAGAAAACCAAACACAGACAGAAAUAAUUAAGACUCCAGCUAAUUUUUAUACACUAAUGACUGAUCCAAACAAGGAAGUUCAUCAUAUAUUGAUUAUAAACGAUGAGACUUUGGUUGUUAAUUGGAAGUUUAAGCAUGAUGAAUAA